ACUAUUACCCCUGUCGUCAAGGCCACCUCCGGCCAGCCGCCGCUGCUACGCCAUUUUUGGAUCCCCCGUCCUCAAACACGAUCUCCACCCCCCGUCCGCCAGCAGCCGCAGACCUCGCGAUCUCACCUCGCCGUCGCUUGGAUUGCCACUUGCAGCGCCCGUUUGGCAGGAACCUAGAAACAUCUAUCUGGGCCCCAAGGAUCGCUCGGAAUCCACGAUAGCGACAUGAAUUUAGUAUAAUUUUCCUCCAAUUGGGAAAGGGCCUCUGUUUUCUUUCGUUUUCAGCUGUUCCUGCGCAUCUGUUCUUGUCCCAUUUAACCGGCGUCGCCAUGGACACCGGAGGAGACGCCGGAGGUGGUGGUGUUGGUGGGGAGAAGGGAAGGAGGAAGAAGGUGGAGCUGCUGCAGGAGGCCAUUCAUGGGCUCCUGGAGGAGAAAAGGGACAAGCAGCGACAGCAAGGGGAUGGCGCCAUGGAUCAUGAGGAGGAACUCUUCCUCUCCUCGUUGCUCUCCAAGUUGGACACGCUGGAAAACGACGCUGAUCCGGACGGUGCCGAACUGAGCUCCGUCAACCCUGACCCGGAUAGCGGGAAGGAGGCGGGGCCAGGCGACGUAGCGAAAGAUCUGAGCAAGAUCAAGAGGCAGAACAUGAUCACCCACGUCCUGCUCGGCACGGUGAUGGUGAUGAUCGCCGCGUGGCAGUUCAACGAGGUGUCCUUCCUCCUCGCGGUGCAGAAGAAGCUGACCAAUCCGUUCAAGACCGUCGGGGAUAUGGUCAAGAGCACCCUGAAGAUAGGGAAGAAGCCGGUGGUCGAGGCGAUCGAGGCGUCGCCUCUGCCCUCUGUUGGUGCCCCGGAUGUUGCUCGGGUUGAUUUGCCGAUGCUAGCCAUCGGCGAUGGUGAUAGCUAGAUCCGCAGGAUGAUGGGGAAUGACUCGUGCAUCAGAAAUGCCAUUGUGUUUUCCCCUCCAGAAUAUGUUAUGUUGUUCAUUUGUAUGGUCACUCAUGCAUGUGCUGGUGCAUGUGUUCUGGGCUGAUGCCGCAAGUAGGAAAAACCAGAGUUGAUUCAGUAUCUUUUUUUCUGGAACUGUGAUUCAUUAUCUUAUGAUAAUUGCACCAUUUAUUACUGGAAUCAAUCAUCAUCAGCCGAAAAAUGGCUGAGAAGGUCGAACAA